UUUGGAUGCAGCAAAGGCAAAAAAAAGCAAAUAUCAACCACUUUGACCCUGGCACAACAGCAAAAGAGUAAUUUAACUAGAUCAGUUGUUUUGAAUAUUCAUGAACCGUAUUCUCAAUGGCAAAAAAAAACAAUAAAGAUAGUAGGAGACCCAAGAGUAAAAAAAAUGAGCUGAAGGCCAGCACUAACGCUAAAAAUAAUGGAAAUAUCAACAUCAACACCAAUGGCAGCAGUGUCAACAAUAGUAGUAAUAUCAGCGAAAUCAAUAAAACCAACAGAAUCAGAAACACUAAGAUUGUGGCAAACAACUCCAGCUGGACAGGAAAGUUGCCAUGCUCUUUACUUCAUGAAUUGGUACAGAAGAAUCACUGGAAAACUGUCGCCUACGAUAUGGUCAAAAUUCCAACAAAAGAUGGUCAAGAAGGUGGAUUUAUUGCAAACUCCAAAAUCUCAUGGGAAAAUCCCAAAACAAAACAAUUGAUUACAAUUAAUUUUAAAGCAACUGACAAGAAAUUUCAGGAAAUAAUCAAACCCCAAUCAACUCCAAUUGAAGCCAGACAUUUGUGUGCUACUUUUACUUUGCAUAAGAUUAGUUAUGAAAAAAAUCUUCAGAUGAUAUUACCAACUAACCAUCGGAAAGUCUGGCAAGAUUUGGAUAAAUUAAGGGUUAUUUUGUUUAAAGAAAACAAGCAGAAGUACCAAUUGGAGUGGAAUAGUGAUCCUUUCAAGAUCUAUUUGGAAAAUCAAAAGUCUAUGCAAAAUAAAUUGAAACAAAACGAUAUUAAUUUGAAUCAACAACUAAAAACACAAAAACCUCAAUUAAUCAAUAUUUCAAACUCCACUCAAUUAUUGAAUCAAAGCAAGUCUUCAAUGCCUCAAAAAAAUCAAAAUCAAAUUUAUUAUGCAAACAGAGAACUACUGCAAAAUUCUAAAAUUAAUCAAACAACUCGUUUUCCUAGAAAAAUUUGGGAAAAGGCUCCAUUUAUAGAUUUAUCUCCAGAAUCAACACAAUUUCUCCAAUCAGUCAUCAACAAGAAUUUAAACCAUAUAUAUACAUCAAAUAAUAUACCUACUGACAAUAUUAAUUCGGAAAAGAUUUUGCAAUACUUUGAGUCAAUUGGAUUUCGAAAGCCACACAUCCAAGAGUCUUUUCAAUAUAUCUCCCAUAUUUCUCUUACUUCAUCCUUAGAAUGGUUGCUUUUAAAUGUUCCAGAAGACGAUUUGCCCACCUUAUUUUUGAAAAAUGAUAAUGUGUCAAAUGUUUCCUUAAAACUUAUAUCAAAUGAUUUGAAAAGUCAAUAUAUGUUUGACAGGUUAUUGGAUUCAGGAUAUUUAAAAAAUGAUAUUGUUGUUCAAUUUAAUAGCAUUGGAAAAAAGAAAGUAAAUAAUCCUCAGUUGGAAUCUUUUAUAACAUAUAAUUUAACAAAAAAACUUAUUGAUGAUUCCAAUAUUGAAUCUUAUAAUUCUAUUUUAGAGUUAAACGAUGGGUUUUUUGAGCUAGAAGAUUAUAAAAAUGAAGUCGAAUCAUUGGUUUCCAUGUAUUCUUCAGACAAGUUUAAAAUAAUAGAUAAAGAAAACUAUUCUACAAUUGAAAUCUUUUUAAAUCCGGAGAAUUUCCCAAAAGAUCAAAAUAUUUUUUCAUUAAGAAUAUUAUAUAAUAAAUCAGUAUCCAAAUAUCCAUUUGAUCUACUUGGUUUACAAUUUAAUAUUAUAGAUAAAAAAAAUUAUAAAAUGGCUAAUUAUAUAAAAUCGUCAAUAUUAGGACAGUUGGUGAAUGAUGAAAUCAUUGGGAACAAUAUGCUUGGAAAUUGUUAUUUAUUGUCAAUAAUUGAAUGGUUAGAAAGUAACAUUUCAAAAAUCAUUCAAAAUCCUGGGCCUUUAAUACACGAUAACAAUUUUGAAUUUGAAGUGGAUUCAUCAUCACAAGGUAAUAACUCAAAUAUCAAGAAAAAUAAAAAUAAAAAUACAAAUAAAAACAAAAAAUCAUUUGCUUUAAAUACCAAAGUAUUUUCAAUUGAUGAGAUUGAUAACUUAUUAGCUGACUAUCAAAAAAAGCAUGAUUCAAUUGAAGUUAAAGCUAGGAUAUUUGAAAGAAAAAAAUUACCUGCUUUUAAUAGGAAAGACCAAUUGGUUUCCAUGAUUCAAUCAAGUCAAAUAACUAUUGUAACUGGUGAAACUGGGUCUGGUAAAUCGACACAAAUUGUUCAAUUUAUUUUAGAUGAUAUAAUAUCUAAGAAUAAAGAUUUUGUAUCCAAGAUUAUUGUUACACAACCUCGUCGUAUUUCAACAAUAGGUUUAGCUGAUAGAAUAUCAGAUGAAAGAGUAUUAAAAGUUGGGGAAGAAGUUGGAUAUAUGAUUCGAGGUGAAAAUAGGACCAAAAAUAAUACUAGAAUAAUUUUUGUGACAACAGGUAUAUUAUUGAGAAUGAUUCAAGGGUUUUUAUCAAAAGAUCAAAAGAAAAAUUCCAAAGAUGAUGAAUUUUUAAAAAACGUUAAAUAUAUAUUUGUUGAUGAAGUUCAUGAAAGAUCUAUAGAUUCUGAUUUUUUAUUGAUUAUUUUAAAGCAAAUUGUGAAAAGUAGAAAAUUAGCUGAUAUAAAGAUUAUUUUAAUGUCAGCUACAAUUGAUAUUAAUCUUUAUAAACAAUUUUUUAAAGUUAAUGAAAUCAAUCAUGUCCAUAUUGAAGGAAGAACAUUUCCAAUUAAAGAUUACUAUUUGGAUAGUGUUUUAAAUGAUUUAAAUUUUACGAUUGUGAAAAAAGUAGAAAAAAAGAAUAAAUAUCAAAGAAGGCCUCAUAGAUAUAAUGGCGAUGAAGAUGACAAAAAUGAUCUUGAGAAUAGUAAUUAUUAUGACAGUGAGGGUGAUGAUGAACUAGUUUUAAAACCCAAAGCAGAUUCUCGGUUUUUCAAUAGUGGGAAGAUUAACAAUGAUUUAAUUAGCCAGUUGGUGAAUAAGGUUGAUUUAGAUUUGCUUCGAGAGAAUAACACAGGAUCGAUUUUAAUUUUUUUGCCAGGAAUAAUGGAGAUCAAUAUGUGUAUUAAGAAUAUUAGUAGUAAUUUUCACCGAAAAUCGAAAUGCAUUUUAUUGCCAUUACAUUCAGCAUUGUCACCUCAGCAACAGAAAAAGGUUUUCAAGACAUUUGAUAAAACGGUUAGAAAAAUAGUUGUUACCACGAAUAUUGCAGAGACGUCAAUUACAAUUCCUGAUGCAGUUGUAGUGAUUGAUUGUGGACGAGCUAAGCAGUUGCAUUAUGAUUUUAAAUUGAAUUGUACAAAAUUAGUUGAAGAUUGGUGUUCAAAAGCCGAGAUAAAACAAAGAAGAGGUAGAGCAGGUCGUAUACAGUCGGGUAUUUGCUAUCAUUUAUAUACAAGGGAGAAUUAUGAGAAUAAUUUUUUGGAUCAGCCAAUACCGGAAAUCAAAAGAGUUCGAAUUGAAAACAUUUAUUUGAUUAUUAAAAGCAUGGGGAUAAAUAAUGUUUCUGAAUUUCUAAAAGAGGGGAUUGAUUCACCGGACGAUUUGAGUAUUAUUAAGACCAAGAAAUUUUUAAAUGAGAUUGGUGCAACAAACAUUGAAGAAGAAGAUGAUGAUGAUGACAAGUUAACAAAUUUAGGGAAAUAUUUAUCAAUGUUACCAAUGGAUAUCAGAGCAGGAAAAUUGUUAAUAUUUGGAGUUUUAUUUGGAUGUUUAGAAAAUUGUUUGACAAUUGGCAGUGUAUUAACUAGCGGCAGUCCAUUUUUGAAUAGUUUUAAUGAUCGAGAUGAGAUAAAAAGAAUUAUUAAAAAAUGGGGAAAUACCGAUGGAGAUUUAAUUUCAAUCGUUAAUGUAUUUAAUGAAUAUGCCAAGAUUGACAAUCCGUUUGAAAAAAGAAAGUUUAUCAGAGAAAAUAAAUUAUCCAAAUUAGUUUUAGAUGAUAUUGUAUCUACCAGAAUUCAAUAUUUAUCAGUUUUAGGAGACGUCGGUUUUAUUGAUUUAAAUUACAAAAGCAAGAUAAAUGAGAUUGAAAAUGAAAAUGAAAAUGGAAAUGGAAAUGGAAAUCAGAAUAAAGAUAAAGAUAAAGAUAAAGAAGAGUUGAAUAGAAACAACAACAAUUUCAAAAUAUUGAAGCUGAUUAUAACUAGUGCCUAUUAUCCAAAUAUUGUGAAAGUUGAGUUUCCAGAGAGCAAAUAUUUAAAGAGUUCGACUGGGACUAUUGAAAUCAAUCAAAACGACAAGCAGAUCAAGUAUUUUAUUCGAAAUGAAGAGUUCAGCAAUGAUGGAAACGAGAAUGAAGAUGAAGCCAGCAAAUAUCCUGCCAACAGGGCCUUUUUGCAUCCGUCAUCAAUUUUAUUCAAUACGUUCAACGAGAACGACGGUGGUAAGGAAGUCAGCAAAAGAACAAAGCUGUCGUUUUUGAUCUAUGGAGCAUCGCAGCAGACUACAAAAGAGAGCAAUAAUAAGCUCUACUUACGAGACAUCACGCCGGUGACACCACUAUGUGUGUUGUUGUUUGGAGGAAAAAUCAACUACGAUCUCGCGUCGCUCUCCAGCGGAUUCAACAAGUCGUUACCAGGAAUUGUGAUCGACAACUGGGUGCCAAUUCGAACAUGGUGCAAAAACGGAGUCUUGAUCAAAAACAUCAGGGUGUUACUCGACAUGGUAAUCCAGGAGAAGCUCCAGGGGGCCAGUGCAAAGAACUCGCGCAACAUAGCAAGCAUUUUGCAAAGUGUCGAGAGUCUCAUCAAGAGCGAGUGAUUGUGUAACCGUCAUAACCUUCUCAAAAUGAAAAUAACAGGCCAAAAAGAAGGGCACAAAAAGAAAAGUACUAAUAAAAUACAGUGGCCAAAUUGGGUUGCGUGCAUAUUUGCGGAGCUUUUGUGCAGAUGCCUGAUUAGGCAGUUAUCCGAUGCUGUUGGGGAGUGUCGCC